AUGGGAGACAUUGCAGAGUGCAGCUGGUCUUCAUCGGCAUUAUGUUGUAUUGGUUCUAUUACGGUGCUAUAUUACCUGCUGAGGUGGUCGUGGCAGUGUUGGCAUGGAUUCAUAGUGUACGUGAUGUCCGAAAUCUGGCAAACAGACCUGAAGGCAUAUGGGCAGUGGGCCGUUGUGACUGGAGCUACAUCAGGGAUCGGUCGAGCAUAUGCCGACGAGCUUGCCAAGCGUGGCUUAGAUCUUGUUCUGAUCAGUCGCUCAGUGAAAAAGCUUCACUUUGUUGCCAAGGACAUAGAGUCUCAGUUCAGGCGUCAGACUCGUGUGAUUCAGGCAGACUUUACAGAGGGUCAUUCCAUCUACUCAGCCAUGACACAGCAGCUGGAGGGCCUGGAGAUUGGAAUUCUGGUAAACAACGUAGGUAUGAACUAUACAGGAAUUCUGGCAAAUUUUCUGGAUGUUCCUGACCCAGAACAGAGAAUCACACAGGUGAUAAAUUGCAACAUACUCUCUGUCACUCAGAUGAGCAGACUCAUUUUGCCUUGCAUGGUUAAAAGAGGAAAAGGUCUCAUUAUAAACAUAUCAUCAGAGGCCGCCUCUCAACCCCAGCCAAUGCUCUCCAUAUAUUCUGCCACUAAGAUAUUUGUAACAUAUUUCUCUCGCAGUCUGAGUGCAGAAUACAGAUCACAAGGAAUCACUGUUCAAUGUGUCGCUCCGUUUGUGGUCUCUACUAAUAUGACCCAUAAUGUUCCUGUGAAUCCUCUGGUGAAAAGUGCUGCUUCUUUUGCUAGAGAUGCUCUGAACACUGUAGGUUACACAUCUUACACAAGUGGAUGUGUAACUCAUGCACUACAGAACAUUGCUCUGUCCAUUUUUUUUCCGGACUGGCUGCGUCUCUCUUCCUUCUGUGUACAACGGAUGGCAAGAUUGGCUCACAAGAUGGAACCGCAAAUUAGAGAGAGGAUGGCAAACAACAAACAGGACUGA